UGACGUGAUCCAUCAAUCAAACUGUCAACGUGAACGUAGAAAUUCUUGUGUACACAUUUUUUCGUCCCGAAAUUCCAAAAUGGAACCCCUAAAUCCGAUGCGUAAAAUGAAGAAGGAACGGGAACAGAACAUAUUCGACGCUCCGCCAUAUUGCCAGAAGGAGUUUCCAGUCAUUCCCCUGGUCGACGAAUGUUUGCCGGUCCCUUUGAGGCUGGAGGUAUCGGACGCGACCAGGAUCAUGUACUUCAUGGAAAAUUUCAACGGAAUCUCCAGUCAGGAGCUCGAAUUCGACAUAAACACGUACCUGAAAGAGGCAUGCCAGGCGAGCGACGUGUUCAUUAUACACAUUAUGCGGAUAUCGCAGCAAGGCAGGGUGCAGAUGCUGACAGACAGGGUACUAGAGAAUGAGGUCAUCAUGCCUUUGAGUAGAAAGACGAUCGAUUCGAUCAUCAAAUGGGACGGCCGAAACUACGUGUGCUCGAAGGAGUUAGAUCCAGAAGUGAGAAAGAUCUGCAGGGCCGUUAUGGGCAAGAAGGGCGAUCCUAUGCAUGUCAUUCCCAUUCUGUGUAGAUGUAGGAGAGAUAAGGAUAGUACUCUGAGAUUCCAUGGCAAUCCGGUCGCUCUAGUGUGUCUCCUAAAUUGCGAAAAAAUCGACUAUUACGUACUCAGAGCCACUCAGGAACUAUUCCGAUAUUGUUCUACCACCCUAAUCAAUACCAUGGAGGGUGAAGAAGAAGCCAGGCUGAAAAAAAAUUGUCAUUUGUUACUCGAGGGUUCCAAAAGCUUGUUCAGGAAUAUCCACAAUCUGGACAAACUAGUGAAAGAGAUUAUGUUGAGUGCCAGAAAUCUAACGGACGCAGAGAGAUGUAGCCUGUACCUACUGGAUCCUGAACAUCUCCAUUGGGUGUCCAGAGUGUUCAGUCCAGAACCUGCAGCUGGUUUAUUAGAGGUGCGAAUAGCGAUGGACCAAGCUAUUGCUGCUCAUGUAGCGGCAGUGGGAAGAACCCUGAACAUACCAAAUGCCUACGAACAUCCUCUAUUCCACAGAGGUGAAGAUGCUGCCACUGGCGUGAGGACAAGAAAUAUAUUAUGCUUUCCAAUAAGAGAUGAAAGAGAGCUUCUUGUGGGUGUCGGGCAACUUUCCAAUAAAAAGAAUGGUACCUUCGAUGUGUUCGAUGAACAAAUCGUAGAAGCUUUCUCGAUGAACUGUGGAAUAUCUUUUAUGCAUUCACUGAUGUUCCGUAAGUUGGAGGAGUGUGUUACCAGAAGCAGAAUGGCCCAGGAGAUAAUGAUCUAUAAGAUUCAAGUCACCAUGGAGGAUGUAGCACAGGUGCUCUGUUGCAAAACAGUUCACAGAAUUCCCUACUUCGAUAUGUAUGAAUUCCUGACAAGAAGUAUCAUUACACCAGAAACCGUGUGUUAUGUCCUGAGGAUGUUCGACGAUUUGGACUAUCUCAGGAAGUUCAAGAUCCGGGACAUAACGCUCAUAAAAUUCUUUCUCACCAUAAAGAAUGUCUAUAGGGAAAAUCCUUUUACAAAUUGGCAACAUGGUUUCGCCACUGGUCACUUCGUCUAUUGUAUGUUGAAGCAGUUAGGACUGGUGGAUAAUAGAUACAUAUCACCUUUGGAAGGUUUGGCACUUCUCAUUGCAGGAUUUUGUCAUGACGUCGACCAUUUAGGCUGUACUAACCCAUUCAUUCUCACAACAAAAAGUGCAUUGGCAAAUUUCUUCAGUAGUGAACUGUGCAUGAAAGCAAGGCAUUCACUGAAUCAAACUCUCACCAUACUAAAUUUGGAGGGAUGUAACAUUCUUGAAGGCUUAAACGAUCGAGACUACAACAUUUGCAUAGAGCUCAUCAAGGAUCUGAUACUCUCAACUGAUUUGAGUAUUCACUUGAAACUCUUGUAUAAACAGAAGAAAAUUUGUACGGAGUUUUACCAAAAUUUCAACUCAGCGCACAGAUACUACCUUUGUUCCCUUCUGAUGACUGCCGCUGACCUAUCAGAUUUCGGCAAAGAUUGGGCGAACACGAAAAGAAUAAGUUGGUAUCUACUCGAGGAAUUCUUCAAGUUUGGAGACAUGGAAAAAUUGAGAGAAAGAGAACCGAUCACAGCUAUGAACAGGGAACAUGCGAAGGUUCCCGACCUACUGGUUGAAUUCCUGGAGGAAAUUUGUCUGCCAGUUUUCAGCAUAUUCUCAACGUUGUUCCCCGAACUCGAGACACUGAGAUUCAACCUGGAGGAUAAUAUAGAAAUCUGGAAAAGACUCAUCGAUUAUUUCGUGGAACAAGAACUAAGUGGCCGAAUGGGGUUGGACGUUCUGUUGAGUGACGGAUUGGAUGCUGAGGUACACAAGAUAAGGGAAGAAAUUAGGAAGGAAAAGUUGGAGGCAGCUGUGCCUAUUGAGGAGGAAGAAGAGGAAGUGCAGAAAAUUCACGAGGAAGGCAGUAACUUCUCGAUGUGAUGUCUCUUAUGCAUUGUCGAAUGUUCAUUUGUCUAGUCUGGAAAUACAAUAUUUCGUCGAAAUUUCAA